AUGGACUAUCCGGUCCUCAUCGACAGCGCAUACGGAGCCGACCCUGGACCGGAUGCCAUUCGCUCCUGCCCGUAUGAUCUGGCAUGCCUGAUGGAACAGAUGCCGCAGACCCACGCCGAGACAAUGGACGACUACGAGAUGAACGCUUUCACCGCUUUCGCCGACCGCCGCCGACGUCUCCGCGACUUCAUCUUCACCGGCGUGGAGCGGAAUCUCAUGGCAUCGGAGCACAAAACGCUCCUUUUCCUUGAACAGGCUAAUUCGGAGCGCAUCAAAACGCUCACGACGAGGUUCCUCAAGAUCUACGAGCCGAACGUCUUCCUUUGUACCAUCUCGUCGGCCAUAAACCUUACGACCAAAAACGGGUUGUGGCGUCGUCCCUCGCGCAAAUGGAGCACCGUCCUCUUGGACGAAGCUUCGAUGAUCCCGGAAGCCACCCUCAUUGGUCUUUUCUCGAGGUUCCCGGACGCUACAUAUACGCUCGUCGGCGAUAGCAACCAACUGCCACCCUACAUCGGCACACAAAGGGCACCGCUCGCGGUCACCCUUUGCUCGCGAUCCGUAUUGGACGUCGCCCGACGCGUUGGCAAUCCCCCAACGUGCAAGAUCAGCACCGUGUAUCGACCGCACCCCAACAUGAUGGCGCUCAACUCGCAUAUUUUCUACAACAACGAGUUGGUCUGCGGAACUCCCAAGGAGGCCCGCCUCGCGCUCCUCAACCGGGUAUGGAUGCCGAAUCCGGACCUCCCGAUCGCUUUUAUCAACAUCAUCGGCGAAUCGGUACAGUCGGUGACGGGAUCCAGAGCAACCCGUUCGAAGCUCGCGCAGUUGCCGUGA